AUGGCCUGCCCAUACUUAGGAGCAACUGAAGCUAACUCCGCGCCACCCACGAACCGUGUUAAGUUCAUGGACCCUAAUGAAGAUGAAGCUCAGGACGGAACUAAUAAGGUGGAACUUGGCCAAGGAGUCACUUACACACAAUAUCUACAACUAGAUAAACUAUUAAGUUGUCAAAAAAUGCAAUCAGAAGAGGGUGGUCAACGGGUAGAUGAUGAGCAUCUUUUCAUAAUUAUUCAUCAGGCUUACGAGCUCUGGUUCAAGCAAAUCAUCUUUGACGUUGAUAUCGUCCGUCAAUUACUCAAUAAUGCUAUUGUGGAUGAAACAAAAAUGUUAAAAAUAGUGUCUGGAUUGGAAAGAACCGUUAGGAUUCUCAAGCUGUUAGUGGAUCAAAUCAUUAUCCUUGACACCAUGAGUCCUUUGGACUUCGUUGACUUCCGAAAAUAUCUUACGCCAGCUUCUGGUUUCCAGUCGCUUCAAUUUAGAUUAUUAGAGAAUAAACUAGGAGUACGACCAACAAGAAGAAUUAAGUAUAAUGCAACCCAUUACAAGAAUGUUUUCCUAGAAACUAGAGAAACAGAUGCGCUUAUACAGAGUGAAGAAGAGCCUAGUCUUCUGACGUUGAUACAAAACUGGUUGGAGAGAACUCCUGGAUUAAAACUAGCGGAAGUUGAGGGAGAUACUGAAGAAGGUUUCUGGCCCAAGUAUGAAAGAGCUGUAAAGCGUUAUCUUCAAGACAUGUAUGAAGAAGCAACGUCUGCGGACACCACUCAAGCAGUCAGAGACCAAGCCAUUGCAGAAUAUUAUAAAACCAAAGAUUCGUUCGCUACCAUUUUAGAGAAGAAGAAUCAUGAUCAGCAAAUUCUGAACGGAACUCGCUUAUUAUCUCAUGAUGCCAUGAAAGGAGCGUUAAUGAUUUACUUCUACAGAGACAUGCCAAGGUUCUCUCAACCAUACCAGAUUCUAACAUAUCUUAUGGACAUAGACAGUUUGUUCACGAAGUGGAGAUAUAAUCACGUCAUCUUAGUCCAAAGAAUGUUAGGUAGCAAACAGGGUACUGGCGGAAGUUCGGGAUACAUGUACCUAAGAAGUACAGUCAGUGACAAAUACAAGGUCUUCCUGGAUUUGUUUAACUUAUCCACCUGGUUGAUUCCACGUGAAUACAUCCCUCGACUAAGUGCCCGUAUGGUGAAAACUCUCUCAGAACAUUCAAAUCUGUCGGCUUCAUCUAAAUUAUCGGACUUAGAAUACAUAUCUAAUAACAAGCAAUCAGAGGUAGAAACUCUUUAA